AUGUGUUUGUGGAGUCAUAUCAUUAUUGGAUGGGUUAUGGCUUUUAUUGUUACUUCGCCUUACUUAUUUUUGAACGGCUCUUUAUGUUUACAUUCAAUGGAUACAACUUUUUUGCCAUAUUAUACCAUCAUUGUUCUUAUUUUCUUACCAAUUACAAUCGUUACCAUAUGUGAUACUCGUACUCUUUGGUUUGUACGUAAUUCUACUCGUCGAGUCCAUGCUACAGUUGCUAUUAGUCAAGUAUCUCAUAAACGUGAUAUACUUUUAGUCAAAAUAACAAUUAGUAGUUUUAUUACAUUUCUAGUAGGAUGGACUCCUUUCUUUGUAAUACAGUUAUUCGACAAAAGUACUUAUAUUCCAUACGAUCUGAACGUGUUUUUCCAAAUAUUAGUAGCGUCAUCUGUACUUCAAGGUGUAAUAACAUUGAUAUCUACUAAUCAACCAGUACGUACUUUUCUUAGAGAAGUAAUCACAAAACGUCGUUCUCAAGUUCGAAUAUUAAUGUGA